UACAGCUGAGGUCCUUCAGUUCGGUUUUCCUUAACACACGGGCUUCCCUCGGUAUCAGUUCACUUGACACGGGACAUCUUACAGCUGUCAUCAUGUCGGACCUGGACACACUCAUAGUCACCUUCCAGACUCAGCUUUCCGAUGUGAUGGAGACUGUGGUUAAGACAGCCAUGUAUGAGGUCACUAGGUUGGUGGAGGACGGCUUCUUGGAGGAGGUAAAGCGGAGGAACCAGGAGGUAGAGGCCCUGAGGAUGCAGCUGCAAUGGGCUGAGAGGAAAUUAAGUGACCGAGGGGGGAAAGAAGGAGGAAGAACUGGGAAGUGUGUUGACUGUGCCAAAGAUGAUGUUGAACUGUCCACUAAUGAUACGGAGGAAAUACCUGAAGAACAGGAGCAGGAUGACGUAUCGGGGGGAUGUGGUAUGAAAGAAGAGGGUGACUCUGUUGAAAGAUGGACAAGAAGAGGAGAAAUGAAAUCGGAGUCAACACAGGUGGCUGUUCUCAGCCCUGAAAGGGAAACUCAGGUAAUGGAAAAAGAGGAUGUGAUGCCAGCUGUGGAUGUGAAGGAAGAAGAAGUAAAUAAGCUCUCAUGUUCUUCUGUGCAUGUGGGAGGGUGGAGUGUUAACCUUGAUGUCAUUGAUAUGAACUCCUUUAAUCAAAUUUAUAUGCUCUUUUUUUUUGGUAAAACAGUUUCCCACAGUGCUAGUGAAAUGACAGAGGCACAUCUAAAACAGACCCCAGAAACCAGCGAAGGUGAGGAGUUAUUGAGGAAUGUAGACCCACAGAUAUCAACUGCAUAUGUCUUUCCUGAGGACCAGGAGGACUCUCACAUGGCUAGCGAUUCAUCUUUCGAGAUGGACACCGGUUGGGCUGGCCUCACUCACACGACAGCUGGGUUGCUGCAUAAUCACAGACUUGGAACUGAUAAGGACUGCGAUGCAGCCAAAAUUCGGGGUUCUCUAAAGCAAACAGAACACGAGCUGUCAGACUCUCUUACAGCAGAUGUUCAAGUUCAGCUUACCCCAGGCAGAGAUCACAUUUCAUCCUCAGGACCCCGUAAGGCAAGUCUGCAAAAAAGUGACCCAGUGAAUGUGUCUAUCAAGCAGGAGGUUGUUGAUUCUGAUGGGUGUGAGAAUGGCAAACACACGGAGAAGAAAGCAGGGACAAAGUCAGGGACGGCAUCUUUCUCAUGUUCGGUAAGGCGGCACAGAGUGGGUUCAGAACUAUUCAAGCAGAACCACAAUUCCCAUAAAGCCACAGUGCAGGAGGUCAUGAAGCUGCAUUCUAAAAUGGGUACAGGUGUCCGGUUGCAAGCCGCCAUACAGCACCUCCAUCGACCGAUGAAAAAGCUCCCUCACACGCUCUCUAACAGCACCGGUGCAGCAUCGUCUGUAGCUCACUCUCAGGUCAUGAACUUAAAUCCCCUCAACAGAGUUCCCACCACAUCUAAAGCCGCUCCACCUCCCACGCUUUCAGUCCAGCGAGUACACCUGGGUGAUAAACAAGCCACAGCGCUCAACCGAACUGGCGCCACAUGGGUCAGCAUCAAAACCCAACAUCAGUCUGCUAACCCCUUAACCCCUCCAGAUUCUCACCCUAACCCUGGCCCCAGGCAUCCACAGCGCUGUGGGCAGUGCGGAAAAUGCUUUCCCCACCCCAGCAACCUGAAGGCCCACCUGCAGACUCACACAGGGGAGCGGCCUUUCUGCUGCUCCCUUUGUGGCCGUAGUUUCACAAAGCUCAGCAACCUCAAGGCCCACCGGCGGGUCCACACCGGAGAGAGACCCUACUGCUGCUUGGCUUGCGGCAAACGCUUCACCCAGAAAUGUAACUUGAAACGUCACCAGAGGAUCCACAUAGAUGUAUGAUAACGGACAGCCAGUGAUGAAAAGACAAGUUUGGUGUGUGUGUGUGUGUGUUUCUUUUUUACAUUAAAAUGCUACAGUGUCUGUCUCCUUUGCAGUGUAAUACAGUUGCUGUGAUGCAUUGCAAGGCUACUUCUUGUGUACGUGUGUCUUGAAGUGAUUGUUCCAAAGUUUUUCUGUGCAUUCCAUGAAGGUUUAUAUACUAAUCCUUUUUAUCUGAAGGUGUUGUAGUGUUAUUAAAAGGAUGAAAAUCAGUGUGUUGUAAAUUCAUCACGCACAAAACAGGUCAACUGUCACCACUGGUCAAUACAUGGCAAUUUAUUCUGUGAAUAUUCAAAUUCUUCCUUUACAUCCAUUACAGUAUGAGCACAAAAAGCACUUCUGUUUGACCAUGAUCAGGGCAUUGAAUUUGUUUGCAAUCACUUUCUAUCUACUUUAAUUUUCUGCUCCUGUCAUCCUGCUGCUCAAUUCUCCAGUCUGGUUUUCUUUGUGUUUCCAUCUCAGACAAUAUUAAUAUUGUUCUAUUCCUAUUUAUAUAUUAUAAAUAUAUUAGAUUGAUGUUAAUUUCAC